AUGGUCGUGAUCCCAAACGCGGUCACUGCAGCCUCGCAAAGCACAGAUAGUGGGGAUGACGUCACAGAGAAGGAACAGGCUGCAAAGACAAUCCAGAGAAUCUAUCGUGGAUAUCGCACGAGACGAGAACUCAACGGCUUGGGAUUAUCGGCUAACGCCCGGUGGACGGAGGUACUGAAAGAUAUUCAUUGGACUCAGCUUCACGACCCGAAAAAGUCUGAUGACAUUUCCAAUUCCAGCGAGAAGGGAAAUGAAACCCCAGAAGCGCGCCAGAAAUGGUACCGGGCCGUCAGCGUUGCCAUGCAAGCCGGUAGCAACAAUGACAACAACAACAACAACUCUAGCAAAUCAGCCAAAGAUCACAAUCCAGAUGACCAGCCUGUAUCACGCCACGACAUCCUACCCAUUCAAACCUCCAAACAAAUGGAUCUCCAGUACUUCCUAGAAAUGGUGGACCUCAAACACAGACACGGCAGCAAUCUGCGCGCCUACCACGCAGAAUGGAAGAAAUGCCCAACGACCCAGAACUUUUUUUACUGGCUGGAUUAUGGGGAUGGACGAGAUAUCAACUUGGAGAAGCGUCCCCGGGAACGGCUUGAACGGGAGCAGGUGAGGUAUUUGUCUCGUGAGGAGCGGAGGAAGUAUCUUGUCAGCGUGGAUAGGGCGGGACUGUUAAGAUGGGCGAAGAAUGGGGAGCUUGUUACUACGGAUGGGAACCGGUUUAGGGAUUCUUUGGAAGGAGUUGUCCCUGUUGAUGAUCCGGCGCCCCGGUUUAUGGGGAACGAAAGAGCGGAAACGUCCUCGGAUUCAUCGUCAGCGUCAGCGGAGGCAGAAAGUCAGGAUGUGACUGGAGCAAAGCAUACUUCUGGAAAGCAGGGAGAGAAGAAACUACGCUCGAAAUUGGCUCAUCCAGCAGCCAUACUCAGUCACCUUGUUGGCAAGCCAUCAACAACCGAAGAGUGGAUCUUUGUCGCAGACACAGCAUUCAGACUAUACAUCGGGAUAAAAGACUCAGGUACAUUCCAACACUCCUCCUUCCUCCGCGGAGGCCGCAUCUCCGCAGCGGGGACAAUCAAAGUCCAUGAAGGCCAGCUACGCAGCCUGAAACCGUUAAGUGGGCACUAUCAACCGGCAGCCGCCAAUUUCCGCGCUUUCAGUCACGCCCUCCAGAAUCAGGGCGUUGAUAUGUCCCGCGUGUCGAUGAGUAAAUCCUAUGCUAUGCUCGCGGGCAUUGCCGGGUAUUCGAGGACGAGACGGAAGGUAAGGGGGUUGCAGGAUACGGUUCAGAAACAAGGGCAGGGCCAGGAAGUGGAAGGGCGAGGAGGGCAUGGCUCUUAA